AUGCAGCAUGCCGGGUCUCUCACGCUGGGUGCACACUAUCGAAGCAGCCAUGUCAGCAGUGGACUGGGGAGCGAGCAGGGUGUGAGGCUCGAUGAGGAAGCGAGGCGGAGGGAGAGGGAGGAGGAGGAGGUAGCGAGGCUGUUGCGGCAGAUGGUGCGUGCAAGCGAGCUCGACUCAUCUCAAGUUUUGUCCCAUCGUUCACGCCUCUCAGCCCUGACCCCCCCCACUCCUCUCACCGGCAGGUCCACCAAGCAGCACACAAUGCAUCGCUCCCCUCUGCUGCACACCAACGCCAGGCAUACAACAGCAGCCGCCAACUUGUGCGGCAGCUCCCUGCGUAUUUAUUACUAUGCACUUGUGAUUCAAGAAGCAUGCAUACACUCCCAACUCUAG